AGGAUGUCACUACAGAUAACUUUAGCAAAUGUGGCUGUGUGAGACCCAUGAAGAGGAUUUUACUCCUUGGUUACCCCUGCUUUAAUUCCUAAUUUUAAAGAUUGUUACUACGUCAUGACUUCUUCUGCUACCAUGAAUGUUACUGCUCAUGCAAUCUUCACUACAGAAGAAUAUGAAUAUCCAGAAAAUUAUAUAACAGAUGUGGAAAUUAUAUCCCCUUACACAUCCAUUUUCACACCUAUUGUCUAUUGCCUAACAUUUGUCUUUGGAUUGAUUGGAAAUAUUUUGGUCAUUAUCGUGUUGGUAGGCUGUAAGAAGCUUAGCACUAUGACGGACAUUUACCUACUAAACAUGGCGAUUUCUGACAUGGUCUUUGUCCUGUCCUUGCCAUUUUUAGCCUAUAGAGCCACAGACCAGUGGGUGUUUGGAGAUUUCAUGUGCAAAUUAUUAUCUGCAUUGUACUUCACUGGAUUUUAUAGUGGUAUAUUCUUUAUAAUGAUCAUAAGUGUGGACCGCUACAUGGCAGUUGUUCAUGUUGUUUUUUCGCUCAAAUUUAGAACAGUCCAUUGGGCAUUAAUCAUUAGUAUUAUAAUUUGGCUUAUAUCUUUUUUCUUUUCUAUACCUAGCUUUAUACCUCACCAAGUAGUCCACAAUCAUUAUUCCUUCUGUGUCCCUAUUUUCCCAAGUGAUAGCAUUAUAAACUGGAAGUUGUUUUCGUACAUCAAUAUCAAUAUCUUUGGCUUGAUCAUUCCUUUAUGCACCCUAACAUUCUGCUACUCUCAAAUUAUUAUGAACCUACGAAGGAACAAAACCAAGCAGAAGAAAUAUGCCAUUCGAUUAAUACUUACAGUUGUCAUUGUGUUUUAUCUUUUUUGGGGUCCUUAUAAUAUACUGCUCUUUCUAUACAUUUUAGAAAUGUUUGGCAUACUCAACGACCGUGACGUGAGCCAUUUGAAUUUGGCAUUUGAUAUAACACAAAUAUUGACUUAUGUACACUGCUGUCUAAAUCCUAUAAUUUAUACUUUUGCCGGUGAGAAAUUUAAAAAGUAUUUAUACAUAAUUUUAAGGAAGCCUUUUAGGGCAAUGAAAACAUCCAGAAUCAGGCAGUCCUUUCAAAGUUCAUUCACAGACCGCACAUCUACAAGCAAAGAAAGCAGAACUUGCUCCGUCACAGAUGAGCUUGUAUAAUCUUACUGUGCUUGUUUUGGU